AUGAGAUCGACCUUCCCUCUGGCACGAUUUCUCGUUGACAAAGGCGCCGACGUCAACGUACAGGGCGGCAAGUUCGGCAACACUCUCCAGGCUGCUUCUUACGGAGGCCGUCAAGAGAUCAUACAGCUUCUCCUCGACAAAGGCGCAGAUGUCAACGCGCAGGGCGGCAAGUACAGCAACGCUCUCCAGGCUGCCUCUUACGAAGGCAAUGAAGAGAUUAUACAGCUUCUCGCCGACAAAGGGGCAAGUAAAUAA